AUGCCUAAAGGCAAUAUUGUAACUGUAUCCGGCCAGCUGGGCUCUAAUUCUCAACUCUCAUCUCAAACUUCUGAAAAUUCACAACUAACUCCUGUGCAAAAGUUGCUUUCUAAGGUCGUUGUUUUACCUAUCGCUGACAUUAUCAAACUUCAUGAUAUCACGUUUUGUGCUACUGUGGCUGAAGCAGAAGUUUUGGUUGCGUUUCCUUUUGGUUGGUAUUACCGUUCCUGCUAUCUCUGUCCCUGCAUUGCACAUGGUGACAUUCCUCCCUUUGAGUGUGAGUCUGGUCAUUCGACCGAGGAAAAUUUCUUUAGGUAUAAAAUUGAGAUUGAGGUUGCUUAUGCAGGAAAGAGUUGUAACUUUGUAUUUUGGAACAGAGAAUGUGAACUGCUUUUGGGUGUAUCUGCUUCUCAGCUGCGUUAUACUAUGAUCCAAGAUGGAAUUCAUGAUGCGUUAGAAUUUCCAUUGGCGCUUGAUCAGAUGUUGAAUUUGGAGAUGGCCUUUAAGGUCAAGUGCGCGUUGGAAGAAUUAUUCGGUUGUUAUGCUGCUAAAAAUGACCCUUUCAUUAAAGAGCUUAAAGGUCCAUGGGAAGCAAUUGAGGUUAAAGAAAGCGUUGAUGAAGCCAAAACGGAUGCUCCCGGUGAAUCUGAUAUCGUAGCAGUAAACUUCAUUGUUCUUUCCUGCAUUGAAGACUCUGAGAAUUUAUCAAAUCUCAUUGUUGAAGACUCUCUGGAUUUGAACAAAGUUCCUGAAGUAGUUCUAACUCCAACAAAUGAAAGUGCAGAAAAUCUCACUCUAAAGAAUGAAAGUGAAGAUGCUCUAACUCCAACAAAUGAAAGUGCAGAAAAUCUCACUCCAAAGAAUGAAAGUGAAGAUGCUCUAACUCCAACAAAUGAAAGCACCAUUGUUGAAUUACUAGAUAUGAGUGAUUUUGAUCUGAACAAAUUACCGGCAUUGGACUUCGGUGUCAAGCAAGAAGAGGUUAAAGACAUGAUAAAAAUUUAUUUAGAUUAUUUGAACUAG